AUCAGUUAAAUUUAUAUAGAGAGGCAAAGACAGGACCCUAAAAAUGUGCUAUAUAUGUAUGCAUCUAUGGAUAUUGGUAAGACCUUGUGUUGUGUUACAUUUGUUGUUGCACUAAAACAAAAAGAAAAAAAAAUUCAUAAAUAUCUGCUUAUAAAUAAAUAUAUUCCGCAUGUAAAUUUUAGUGGCGUAAGCGCGUACGUUUUGUUUACGUUAUUGAAAAUGAUUUAGUGAGAGGUAGUAAGUGCAGUGCUUGUUAUAUUUAAAUGAUUUUGGAACAAUUAUCGUUGCAUACGUCAGUUAUUGCAAAUAAACUCAUUUCAAACAAUAUAAUAUAACGCAUGUAAUGGUUAAGUCGCUGGUUUCAAAACUAUCGUCUGCAUCAAUUGCCAAUACUUUCAAUGGUAAUCAUGGAAAAAGCGCCUAUGCCAUUGGAGGAGAAACAGUCAGCAGUGCCGCUGGACCUGCUACAGUUAAUGGAGAUCAUUAUCAAAAGUAUCGUAAUGAUCCGGGGCGUUUUUUUGGCGAUGGCGUACAAUUUAAAGCAAAGCUUAUUGGAAUUUUGGAAGUGGGAGAGGCUCGUGGUGAUCGAAUGUGCCAGGAGGCUUUACAAGAUCUCAAAAUGGCUAUACGUGCAGCCGGGGAACAUAAGCAACGUAUCACUAUACAUGUAACCAUAGAUGGGUUACGUUUACGUGAUGAAAAGACGGGUGAUUCACUAUAUCAUCACCCAGUUCAUAAAAUUUCAUUUAUUGCCCAGGACAUGACCGACACUCGGGCAUUUGGCUACAUAUUCGGUUCACCGGAUAGUGGUCAUCGUUUCUUUGGCAUUAAAACGGAUAAAGCAGCUAGUCAAGUAGUUUUAGCCAUGCGUGAUCUCUUUCAAGUUGUAUUUGAAUUGAAGAAAAAAGAGAUAGAAUUAGCCCGUCAACAAAUACAAUCUAAGACUUUACAUCAUGACCAUCAGCAGCAAUUAUCAUCUUUGUCUUCCUUGAGAAGUGUGACCGCCACCGCAAGUGGCGCAGCUGGAGUUAAUAGUGGACAAAAUGAUUUAUCAGCGGGCCUGACCAAUAUUUCAUCUGGAGGUGUAUUGGGCAGUAGUUUGGGAGGUGUUACUACAAAUACAGCCACACUAAAUCGUUUGAAUGUUAAUAUUGACAAUAAAGGAGCGGCAAAAGAGCUAUCACCGGAAUCUGUUGCUGACUUGGUUGAUUUAGAGCAGGAGCUAAGUUCUCUACAACGUGGCAUUACCCAAAUGGAACGAAUAACACCAAAUGAUACUCCACCAGCAAUAGCCGGCAGCGGGAUAAAAAACAAUAGUGUUUCGGUUAAUGAUGAUCCUUUUGGGGAUUCGUUCACGACCUACAGCUUAUUGCCGCCACCAGAACCAGGUCGUUCACGUAGUAAAGCCAAUAAUAAAGCAAUUGAUAUGGGCGUUACAACGUCUGCUGCUUCCAACAGUACAACCACCCCUGCUCAAGGGCAGCCACGUUCGUCUCCUACUCUGAAUGCUCAAAACUUGCCUUCUUUGGAUGACGAGGAUUGUUGGCUGCGGGAACUGGAUACUCAGAAUGAUGUUUUUGAUACGUCAAAAACAACUCUACCUGGCCUAAUGGGUAUAACAACAUGGACUGGUAAUGUAAUGGCACCUUUGGCUGCUUCUGAAACUUCUUUGACCACCCCAACUCAGCAGUUAUAUGCAGCUAUAGGUUCGGCUCCGACCUCAACUGAUGUAGUAACCGAAUUGACACCAAAUAUGACAACCGUGAAUACGGCAGCAACGCUUACAGAAACUAAUAAUGUGACCAAUAGUUCUAGUCUAACAGAUCUUUUUCAAACCACCAGCGGACUCUGCGAAGCCAAUCAAACUAUUUCCUCAACUCAAAUUAAAUCUGAGCCCGUAAACGGCAGUAGUAAUACUGCCGAUCAAGUAAUGCUGCCGCGUGAUACAGACCCUUUUUCACCUACUCGUAAGAAAAGCGAUCCUUUUGAGGAAGGUGGUGAAAUAUUUUCAAAGUUGGAUCCAUUUGAAUUUGAGUUUAAUACUUCCGAAGAAGUCGGAGAAGAAAGUUUAAAAAAAAGUUUUGCUUCCUCGGCGGCUUGUAUAGAAGGAGGCGAACAGUCAUCUUCUGAUGUUUUCAGCGGUCACUUACAAGUUAAUUUACCACCAGAGAGUGGAAUUCAAGCAAUGACGGUUACUAGCACUAUACGGUCUCGCCCAAAUGCGUCAGCAAUAGUGCCACCAUUGUCGUCCGCAAAUGCGACUUCUUCAGUGUUUAAACAACAAACUGUUGAUGUGUUAUCGAGUAUAUCGAACAAAAAAAUACCUCAUUUGUUCGGGCAGUCUUCGAGAUUCUCAAAGCGGGAUUCUAAUUCUAUAAAUAUGCGUCGUUUGCAAGAAAGUGAUUCAUUGAGUGAAAACGAAGCUGCGCCAGAACCUCCUCCCCGACCGGAUUCGUCUUCGUAUGCAGAGCCACCACCUUUGCCGCCCAAAAAGCAGUUUAAUGACAUCAUUAUAAAACCGCGCACACCGUUGUCUCAAACAUCUUUAAACAAUGGAUAUGAAUUUAUAAAUGCCAAUGGAAGUGGAUCCAAGCUGGUAACCGGAACUCGCAGUUCAGCAUCAAUAAUAGUUGAAGUACCGCCUAUACCCUUACCAUCACGUAAAGUUGGCCGCUCAGAAGGCAACUAUCCUGGACCAGGAAGGCCCCGAAAACCUGGGCACAGUGAAGAUGACUACUUAACACCGUUAGGAACUCAUGUUAAUCCUAGUGGAUCACAAGGCAAUUCCAAUCUUGAUGUACCUCCUUUACUCCCGCCACCUACGCAAGUUUCUUCCCGAGCUCGUACGCAACGGCAAUACUCAUUACAUCAGACGAAAGCUCAAGAUAUAUAUGAGAAUAAAAACGAAAUUUUGCAACAACAACAGCAACAACAGCAGCAGCAAAAACAGCAACAACAACCGGUUACCGCCGCAACAAUACAGCAAACGAUUGUACCCGACAUCACGUUGAGUCAGUUGUUAACGUUGAGCAUCGACGAAUUAUCGGCUAAAUUAAAUGUUCCAAUCAGCAAAUUAAGCACAAUGACCUUGGUGGAAUUAACUUCAUACUUGUCUGAAUUUUUAGAAAAGUCUAAGCCUAAAACACUACACGAAUCAAAACUUGAUCAUAUACCCACAAUCGAAACGUCGGUUGAGCAAACUCCUUCCAUAUUUAAAAUUAAUUUCGACCAGGAAGCUACAUUUGUGGCUAAAUUUGAUGAUACAUUUGGCGAGAAUUUAGUUCUGCAGACGAACCACGCUUCGUUUGAAGCAAAUUUUGCUCAGUUCGAUAAGAUGAACAUGGAAUCAGCAAUAGAGGAAAUUUGUCAGACACCCGCGGUUCCACCUGCUGAUCGUUAUGCUGUCUUUCGGGAAAUUAUUGAUCAGGAAUUGCAGCAGCAAAAACAGGACACAAACUUAAUUGGCGAUCUGGUGCUAAGUGGUGAUCAAUCCAGUGAUGUUGACGCUGAUAAUCUAAAUCACGUUCAGUUUCAAAUGCAAUUUCCUUCGGGAGGAUCGGAAUCCUCCAUUAUACGUCAAGAUAUUUUAAGUGGAGAACUGGUGGAUGUUAAUCCCGUACCUGCAAAAAUCGAUACGAAGAUUACGGAAGUAGUGGCUCAAGCUAAGGAUCGUUAUGCAGCUUUGAGAGACAUUAUUUUAGUGGAGAAUCUUUUCGAAAAGCCGUUACAAAGGCCGGGUGAAUCUCUAUGUGUAGAAUCUAAAUCCCCAGCUCCAAGUUCUACUGGUUUUAACGACGACGAUGAUGAUUUUAAUAAUGAAGAUCACGAUUUAAGACAGCUUAUGGAUGGUGGUGCUGUACUAGAAUCAUGUGCUCAACAACAAAGGAUGGGUUUAGUGGACAGCCGCGGUUUACUAGUCGAACCGUCUUCGUCAGCGUUAACGGUGGAUGAUGAAGAUGACGAGGAAGAAGCGGAACGCGGUUCUAGAACCAGAACGGAGAUUAAUGAGGAGGGCGAAGAAGAUGUGGGCUGCGCCAGCAGCGCUGACAGCCAUGAAAAAGAUGGCAAGGAAAUUUUACCUACUGGAAAGUAUGAGCAAUUGCCCAAUUCGACUCAGCAAAUGGAGCAGGUUGACGAAAAAGCUGGAAAAACGGAAGAAAAUCCCAAGAUUAGCAUAACGCAAAGUCAGACCGAACCAUGCACUGAAAAUAAAUUACUAACUGUAGCAAGCGUUGCUACUUCUAGCCUUUCUGGGUCUAAAGAUGAUUUGGAAAUCGAUGCAUUAAUGCAUAGAGCAAUUUCCAAUUUGUCUUUAGAUUCGCGAGAGCGUAAUUCGCCAGCAAAUUCAACAACACAAAGUUUACCCGCAAUUCCCGCGGAAAAUACAACAGCAACCACGGCAACUACGACUAUGACACCGCAACACUUUAACGAUGUGAGUACUUCACCGAUUCAAAUGCAUCGGUCACCUUUACCAAUCCAGGCAUCCAGUGGAACGUCGGCAAACAAAUCUCUUCAGUCUAAACAAAUUUCUCCAUUGCCGACACAAUUAACUGCCGUGUCCCAACUUAUUGAUACCGCUACUAAGGAGAUAGAGGCUGAUACAUUAGCAAAAGUCUCCGUCGAUUCUUGGGCCACUUUUGAUACACCUCAAGACCAGCCAAGUAUAGACAGACGUUCAAGACCUGCGGUAAAAUCUUUAGCUAAAUCGACUAAUUUUCUUCAUUUGCCGCCGCCACCUGCUCCGGCAUCGAAUACCUCUCAGAACGAUACGGCAGGUGAAUCUCCUUGCUCGUCAGAUCCUCGAGAUGAAGCUUGGCAUAAACGUAGUGGCGGUAAUGUGUCAUCGGGUCAUCAUAGUGCUGCAACACCCGGAGGAAGUAGGCGUUGGCAUAAAAAGGAAAGGCAGCAUACUUCUUCAUCAUCACGAGACCUUAGUUGGGAUGACGAGCAAGGGCCUGUGUCUCAAGAAUAUCUUCAAAGCAAAAGGCCGCCUGCUUCGGUUGGAGGAAGUAUUCUUAACACCGACCGUCAUGCCUACCAUACACGUUAUAUCAAGCGUAUGAAUUCUUGUGAUGAAGACUAUGAUUAUGAGGAAGAAUUUUCUGGCAACCGCAGAGAUCAAAGAAAAUUCAAAACAACCUUGUCCCGUAGCCGUGACAACUUUGAAUUAGAUUCUCCUGCAUGGUACCACCAUGGAACCCUUCCACAUCACACUUGGUCUUCUCAGGAUAUCGAACAGGCUAGAGGCCGAGCCUAUGAAAGAAACUUGUAUGGCUUAUCCAUUUACGAUAAACGAGGUAUACCUUUGCCUCCUCCACCUUUAAUGUCUACAGCAAGCCAUGAUCGUCGAUCGAAUAUAGGCUAUGAAAAGCGUAAUAAAUUUUAUCGCAAUGAGCACGCUCGAAACUCUAACUCUGAUUUCGACGAUUUUGGAGAUGUGCUUCCAUAUCGAGAUAGCAACGCAGAUAGUUUUGAGAAAUUGAAAAUGCCUCGGCGACCCGACUAUGAAAACAUAUUUGACGAGGGUCGCCAUACACCACCAUCGAUGGGAGGUGGAUUUAAAAGCCAACGCCCUGUUGAUAUGUAUUUGUACGACCGUGAUCGAAAAUCAUUUGACCGGGAAAGUAUAGAAUCUUUUGAAAGCUCUACAGCUCCGCGAAGACGAAGGCGAAGUUUUGGUAGUAGUGCCGGUGGUGGUGGUCCAACGCCUGAUUCAUAUGGUAGUUUUGAAGUUCGUGAUGAGUAUCGAGAUCACCGCUACAUGUCUAGCGAAAAAACGCGGUCACUUCGAAAAACGGUGAAAGGUUCCAGAAUUUCAGGCGACAUUGAUUAUGAACAAGACUCUGAUAGGGAUCAACGUCCAUCACGUAGUCAUAUAAUUACUCCAGCAGCAGGAGGUCCAGGCAGCGUGAUGAUUGCUUAUUACUAUCGUAAAAAACAACGGCCACGCAAUAAAGCAGCCCAAUGCACAGUUACUGGAGGACGUUAUCGUGACAAUACGAGUACUAGUGGCACACGUCCAGGUAGUUAUGAUUAUAUUACUUGCGGUGAUGAUAUCGACGACGAUGUCGAAGACUAUGUUGAUGAGGAGGAGGAAGAAGAAGGCAUGGAAGAUGAUGACGACGAAAUGCCUACAGAUGAAGACAAAUUCGACCGUCUGAACCGCCGUCGUCAUGAGAUGAAUCAGCGCAUGAUGGAAAGUGAGCAAAGGCGGCAUCAUGGCAGCAAAGCAAAAGUGAUUGCCGGAUCCCUAUCUGGAUCGUCUCUUUCUGGCUAUCGCAAGAGUGCUAAGAUAUAUGCGAGGCAACGACUGCCACCUCCUGAACGUGCUCAUCAAGACUACGGUUUUGAGGACGUUGAAUAUGAACAAACCCCUACACCUAAAUCAAACACUAGCAGCACUCUACCUACAGCUACGCCAAAUACUAGUACGAAAUUCAGUUUCGAUGUUGGCUUCGAAUCUGACUUCAAUCAGUCAUCGCCUCCUCCGGCUCCGGCUGGCACUGCCUCAAGUUGUAACUCUACACCAGUAACUAGUGUCAGCGCCACUAAUACGCCGGCUACUAAAGCCUCGUUUCGUUUCUCAAAUGAUUUUUCUGCUGGUCUAGAAAGAGAAAAACACUUGACUCCUCAACUAAGCAGCUCUCAUCUAUAUGAUCUGGAAAGCAGAGGCAUUCCAUCGCCACAAUCAUCAACAGGUGGUGGGGGUGGUGGUAGCAGUAGUCAAAGUGCGGCUCAAAAAUUGCGUUUUGAUGAUAAUGUCAAGGUUUCGCAAUUUGACGAUUCUGCGGCAUUUGAAGAUGAUUUCUCCAGAGCAACGUUUGAUGCAUUUGAAAAUGAUGAUCAAUGGCGGGAAGCCUUACAAAAAACAACCAACGCUGUGAAUAAUAAAAAGCAACAAAUGCGCAAUAGUAUACUGCAACAGCGUCAGCAAGAAUUAAUAAAAAAAUCGGAAUCUAUAAAUAUAUUUGCAAGGAAGUCUGAGGAUCCCUUCGAAGACGAUGAGUUCUUUAAAUCACCAUCAACAAGCGCAGACAUUGUUGUAACAACUACCGCUACAAGUAAUAACACGAUUGUAGACAAAGUGGAUACUCACAAAAAUUCUUCUGACGGAAGCAAUCAUUUUAGUCAUACUCACUCCCAUCAACAUCUCUGGGAAGAUGACAACAGUAACUUCGCUAAAUUCGAUGAACAUAUGUGAUUUGAUCAAACAAGUAAU